AUGACAAGCUCGAUUCCAACGGAACGCGACGCCGAUGGCAAUGCGAAGAAAGCGAUGAAACCCAUAAUACUCCAGCAUCCAGGUUUCGAAAACGAUAUCCGCCUCAAUGUAUUUGGUCAAGAAUACCAUGCUCACCCGAUCAUUUUGAAGCUCAAUUCUGCAUACUUUCGGAAGUUCUUAGAUUCUGCAGACAAGGUUCCUGCUGUAAAGAGAUCGCUUUUUUCCUACGAUUAUGUCACUGUGGUUGAUGCCGAUGGAGAAUGGAGUUUGGAAGCAGUGAAAUCGUCGCCCCAUUCUCUUAACCACCCGAGUACAAACAACCCGAAAGCUCCGCGAACUGAAAGUUCUGAAAGAAGCGCUUUUGAGACAUUACUCUUUGUUUUCUAUAAUAGACCAUACAUCAUCGGUAGUUACGACUGUUUCAUGGAUAUCUACCGCUUAGCAGACUUUUAUUGUGCCCUUCCUGCAUUUUCACAUUCUUUGGAUUCCGCUGCAUAG